AUGAAUUAUAUCAUUGGAGCAUUCAAGCCACCAUGUGACGUCUCCAUCACAUUCUCUGAUGCGAGGACCAGGAAGCAGGUUUUGGUUAAGAAGGACAAUGGGAAGACAACAAUGGUCCCUGUUUUCCAGAGCCUGGAAACUAUUUCUGGAGAAGUAUCAAUAGCACCAGUCCCAGGUAAAAGGAUUGAACACACAGGUGUCAAGAUUGAGUUGCUCGGCCAAAUAGAGCUGUAUUUCGACCGAGGGAACUUCUAUGAUUUCACUUCAUUAGUACGUGAGUUAGAUAUUCCUGGUGAAAUCUAUGAAAGGAAGACGUUUCCAUUUGAGUUUUCAACUGUUGAAAUGCCAUACGAGUCUUACAAUGGGACAAAUGUCAGACUGAGGUACAUUUUGAAGGUGACAAUUGGCAGAAACUAUGUUGGGAAUAUUGUCGAGUACCGGGAUUUCUGUGUGAGAAACUACUCACCUGUCCCUACAAUCAAUAACAGCAUUAAGAUGGAAGUAGGAAUUGAGGAUUGCUUACAUAUUGAGUUUGAAUACAGCAAAAGCAAGUACCAUCUCAAUGAUGUGAUUAUUGGGAAGAUAUAUUUUCUUCUUGUCAGAAUAAAGAUAAAAAAUAUGGAGCUGGAGAUUCGGCGUCGGGAAUCAACAGGAUCAGGCUCUAACACAUAUGUUGAAACUGAGACUCUUGCAAAGUUUGAGUUGAUGGAUGGUGCUCCUGUGAGAGGUGAAUCUAUUCCAGUGAGGCUGUUCCUGACACCUUAUGAGUUGACCCCGACUUACCGCAACAUAAACAACAAGUUCAGCGUCAAGUAUUACCUGAAUCUGGUCCUUGUGGACGAGGAAGAUCGGAGGUACUUCAAGCAGCAAGAGAUCACGAUGUACCGUCUCCUAGAAUCUCCCCCGGCCUCCUAG